AUGAUAAAUUAGUAGAAUGUGAAUCUAUAAAGCAAUGUUAAGGUUCAAUCUAUAUUAGGGUUUAUACCAGCGUUAGUGUUUUAACACAUUCUGGAGAAUUAAAUAAAGGGAAUAUAGACUCAUGUUCCAGAGAUUCAAUCAUUUAAGAGUGUAAUAAUGUUUGCUGAUAUUUGUGGAUUUACAAACUUAACAGAAUAGCUUACUAAAAUAGGUCCUGAAGGAUCAGAAGUGAUAGCAUUUGCAAUCAAUAGAUACAUGGAAUUGUUAAUAAAAUCAAUAUCAAAGAGUGGAGGAGAUAUAUUUAAAUUUGCAGGAGAUGCAAUCAUAGUAGUAUGGCCACCUCCAACAGGAUAGAAUGAUAAAAAUGAAUAAUUAAGAACAUUACUUCGUUAGGGUAUUCAGAGUGCUUUAGAUAUCUAAGCAAAAUUAAAUGAUACAUUCAUUUUAGAGAAUAUCAAACUAUCUGUUAAAAUUGGAUUUGGGGUUGGGGAUAUAAACAUUUUAUAUCUAGGUGGUGUGUUUAAUAGAAAUGAAUUCUUAGCAACUGGACAAGCAUUGAUAUAAGCAUUUGAGAGUGAGCAUUGUGCUACUAAAGGAGGCUAAGUUAUUAUAUCAAAGGAUGUAUUUGAAAUGGUUGGAUAACAUUAUAAUUGUUUAAAGGUUGAAGAUCGUUAAUAUUAUUUUGUACAUUCCAAUAAAGGAGCAAAAGUAUAGAAUAUCUCUAAUGCUUUGCUUAUUAAAAGUAACAUAAGUGCAUAAUCCUUUGAAUCUAUUAAGACUUAACUUAUUAGAUAUAUUCCGGCUGCCUUAUAAUAAUACAUCUUUGUAAGUCUACGUAUAAAAUUAGGUAGAUUAAGAAAAGUGGAGUUCGGAAUUAAGAAUAUUAACAAUCAUGUUUAUCAAUCUAGCCAUUGAUUUAUCAGCAGCUCUUACUUUUAAAGGGUUAACUCAUAUUUAAUCAGUUGUUGAAACUGUAUAAAAAUCAAUAUAUGCAUUCUAAGGAUCACUUAACAAAAUCUUAAUGGAUGAUAAAGGAUCAACUUUGAUUGUUGUUUUUGGUUUACCUCCUAUGUCUAAAUAGGAUGAUCCUGCUAGAGCAGUAAUGACUGCAAUAACAAUGAAAUAAGAGUUGAAUGCAAUUAAUUGUGCCUGCAAGAUUGGUAUUUCUACAGGAAGUACUUUUGCUGGAGUAGUUGGAACUAGUGGUUCUAGAAGAGAGUAAUAAAUAUAUUAAUUAUAUAUUAGAUAUUCUGUUAUUGGAGAUGCUGUUAAUCUUGCAGCUAGACUAAUGUAAAUUGCAUGUAAAGAGGAUCAUCAUUCCAUUUUGCUUGAUCUUGAAACAUCUAAAGAAGCAUCAUAUAAAAUGAAUAUUUCAUACUACAAAUCUGUAUUUGUAAAAGGAAAGGCUGAAAAAGUUAACAUUUAUUAUCCAGAAUCAAAUUUAGAAUUGAAUAAAAUUAGAAUUCACAAUCCUUUCUUUCCUAGACUUCUCGAUAAUUAUUUGUUUGAUAUUAACAAUAUUAGAUUGAUCUAAAAAACUAUCUAAUAAUUUUAGCAAUCAAAUUCAUCCAAUUUUCUUUUAAAAAUUUCUGGAAAUUAAGGAUCAGGUAAAUCAUAUUCUGUUAAAUAAUGUAUUGAUUUAUUUUAGAAAGAUUUUAAUUUUCUGCAAAUUAGAUUAUGUUCCUUUUUGUAGAAACAAGAACAAUAUUUGUAUGCUAUAAAAAUAAUAUUCUAACAUUUCUUAUAAAAAAUAGCCAUCACAUUAAAUAAAUAAUAUGAUAUAUAAUUAUUUAAUCAAAUCUUUGAUUCAAAUUAAGAUCAAUUAGUAUCGUUAUUUGAUUUUGAACCUGUCAAUUAAAUAUAACUAUUUGAUAAACAAUUUUAGGAUUAAAAUGAUGGCAUUGAAACUUUAGAUAUUCAAAUACUUAAAGAAAGUUUAGAUUUUUUAUUUAAGAAAUUUAAAUCAAUUACUAACUUUAAUAAAUUAAUAUUUGUUUUAGAUGAUGGCCAUAACAUUGAUGAAGAUUCCCUCAAAAUUAUUAAACAUCUCAUGAAGCAUAAUCAAUUUAUUCUACUUAUAUUUAUAUUCAGAUAAGAUUACUUUGAAUAAUUCUAAUUUCAUGAAUAACAUCAAAACUAAAUUUAAAUGAUUGAAGAGGGAUUAGAAUCUAUUAUUACAAAAUUAAAAGAUAAUAGUAAUUUUGAACACAUAACUUUUAAAAAUUUAUAAUUAUCUGAUUAUAAAGUCAUAUUAUCUGAUUUAUUCCAUAUUAAUAAAAUCAAAUGCUCAAAGAAUCAAGAAACUUCUAAUCUUUAAGAUAAUAAUAUAUUACAUUAUGAAUACAUUAAAAUGUAAUUGAUGUAAUCUAAUACUCAAGAAUUUUUCUUAUAAACUAUAUAUAGAAAAACUUAAGGAAAUCCUCUCACAUUUAUAACUUUAGUAAAUAUUCAUUUCUUAUUAUUAUUAGAUUGAAAAAUUAUUAAAGGGUAAUUUCAUAAUUAUAGAUAAUCAAUAAUAAGAUAUUGUUACUCUAAAUGAUUCACUCUUAAAUAUAUUGAAUUUAGAUGAAUUUGUUAUUUUAGAAGCUCCACUUAAUAAAUUUAGAAUUAAUUCAUCAUAUUUAGACAAAGUAGGAUGUUUAGAAUUAUUGAUACUUAAAGUAGCAUCUAUUAUUGGAGAUAUAUUUGACGUAUAAACUCUUAAUAAAAUACAACCAUUCAAAGAAGUCAUUCAUAAAGAAAAUUUAAUUAAAAUUUUAAAUAGUUUGGAAGAGUUAGAAAUAAUUGAAACAAUGGAACUCAAUGAUUUAAAUAAAUAUUAUCGAUUUGCAAAACCAUUUCUUAGAGAAAUAAUAUAUUAAAGAUUAUUAUUUUCUUAAAGAAGAGAAUUACAUAAAUACUAUGCUUAAGCUUUAUAAGAGAUUCCAUCUUAAUUUGAAAUUGAUGAAAAAUUGGAAGCUUAGAGAUUGGAACAUCAUUGGAUUUUGGCUGAAUAAAAGUGGAAUAGUUAAUCGAAUAUUAAAUCAAAAGAAUUAGAAUUAUCACAUAAGGCUAAGAGAUCUAUAAUCAUUAAAUCUAUUUAAACUAAAUUAAUUGCUAAGACUAAUAAUAUUAAAUUGGGUUUAUUGAAAAAGAAAUCAGAUAAGAAUGUUACUUGGGCAGAGAGAUACUGUUAAAUGACUUAAAAAGAAUUAAAAUAUUAUUAUAGUGAAUAAGAUUAUCAUCGAUCCCCUUAGAAUGCUUUAGGAACAAUCAUUCUCAGUAGUAUAUAUUAAAUUGUUCCAUUAAAUGACAAAGAAAAAGUUAAUUCAAAGUUUGCUUUUGAAAUUAGAACUGGCAAUUGGUUUAAAAGAUAAAAAUUAAUGCCAAGAAGAGAUUUCUAUUUCUCUGCAACAAGUGAAGAAUAGAUGGAAGAAUGGACUAUUUAUAUUGAAUUUAUGAGAGUUAAAGCAACAUAUGAUGAAUUUGUUAAUAAUUUCGGUAAAAUUUAAUUUCCUAUUGCUAAUUUUAAAGAAUUUUAUGAUAUGAGUUUAGGUACAGAAAUGAAUAACUAUUAAAAACAAAUAUAAAAAAAGAUUAAUAAUAAAUCUAGUAUUAUUUAAAGUUAAAAAAGAAAUACUCUCAUGUCUAUUAAUAGUUUUUUUAGAUAGCCUGUUGAAAUAAAACAAAAUAAAGUAGAACCAAAAAUACUUAUUUCUUAAUUUUUAAACAAAAGUUAACUUUUAUUAUUUUCUCAUAUUUUUCAAAAUUCUAUUUCUAACAAAAAUCCUAUCGUUAUCGGAUAAAAUACUAAAGCCAUGUUAAAUUUUGGAUAAUUUUUUAUUAAAACUGUUUCAGAAUUAUCUUAGUAAUAAUAAGAAAAUGAAACUAUAUAAACAGAAGAAUCUCCAUAAACAAGACCUAGAGCAAGUUUGAAUAUAUCAUAAUAGCUUAUUUUAGAGAAAUAAGCAGAAUCAAUAUCUUUUUCUCUUAGAAAUACAAAAAGAAAACAAACUAAUGAGUAAUUUUAUAAUAAGAGAUCAAAAAGUUCAGAAUUUCUUGGUUAGUUUAAUGAAAAUUCAAAUACAGAAUAAUAAUAACAAAGUUGA